AUGAACUCAACGGCGAACGCGUCAAGCGAGUUUUGGAAGUGCUCCACUUUAGUUAAUUCCAAAGCUUUUAAAAUUGGAGGAACCGUUGCCUUCUGUCUGAUCCUUCUUGUUUCAAUUGCCGGAAAUUCUCUCAUUGUAAUGCUCGUUUAUAAAACGCCAAACUUAAGAAAACCCAUAAAUUAUUUCAUCGCAAACAUGGCCUCGUCCGAUUUGCUGUUUAUACUUUUCACUUGCCCUUGGUUCAUCGCAAGGUUGUACACAUCACGGAUUAUCGGUGGCCAGUUUGGCCAGGCUUUCUGUAAGCUUAACACCUUCUUUCUAAACGUUUCUGCAAUCGUCUAG